GCCGCGUAUGCCCCGCCCAAUGGGCGGCGCCCGGCCUCUUCGGGAGCCGACACAAGCGCCGACCGGCGCGGCACCUUUGAUGUCCUCCCUCCGCGCCACGCGCCUGCGCGGGCCCCGAUAGCGAACGCACACAGGCUCAUAACGCUCCGCGCGCUCACCUCGACCGGUUGUCAGUUCACAAACCGGUUUAGCAGUGACGACAGGCACAGUGUUGAUAUACCAAAGUGCAGAGUUCGGUGUUGUUGUGUGCAGUUCCGAUGGAUUGUUCCGUUCUGGAUAUGGAAGACAAACCUUACAGUGUUGACAGUUCUGACGAUAUUAAUAUCGAAGAAGAAGAAGAGGAGCAUAUUGAAGAAAAUCACAGCUAUCCGGCUGAUUUCCCGCUAGAGGCGCUGGUGAAGCUGGAGCGGCCGUCGCCGCCGCUGCCGACGCCGCCGCGCACGCCUACCGACGAUACGCCACCCGCAGUCGUCAUAUCGCGUCACCAGCCCGCCUGGCCACCGGCCUACGGUGCCUACCCGCGCCCCGCGACAACUAUGCAGACCCCAUACCCAUAUGACAAGGCUCCGCAGAGCUAUACCCAUCCUAUGUCAGCGUAUAUGCAAGCUCAAGUCGCAACCCUACCUCCCACAGCCCCUUACCACGCUAUGCUGGUCAACCAAUGGAUCAGAAACGCUGCCCUGUACCAUCAUACGCUUAGAUACCCAGGGGCAAUGGCGCAUAGAUUACCAGGCAGGAAUCCUCCCCCGAUGAGAGCGCCCGGCGUGCCCGGCGCAAGGCCCAAGAAACAGUUUAUCUGCAAAUAUUGCAAUCGGCAGUUUACCAAAUCCUACAAUCUGCUGAUUCAUGAGAGGACCCAUACGGACGAGAGACCUUAUUCGUGCGACAUCUGCGGGAAAGCUUUCAGAAGACAGGACCAUUUACGAGACCAUAGAUAUAUUCAUUCGAAAGAGAAGCCAUUCAAGUGCACGGAAUGUGGAAAAGGUUUCUGCCAAUCGAGGACAUUGGCGGUACACAAGAUUUUACACAUGGAAGAGUCUCCCCACAAAUGUCCAGUUUGCAGCAAAAGUUUCAACCAAAGAUCUAACUUGAAGACACAUCUGCUAACACACAGUGAUGCGAAUAAACAUCAUCUAGAGCACCUCGAGGGUUGUCAAGAAGUUUCAUCAACAAGUCAAGUAGCAGAAAGUCCACUUCUCGACCUUUCACACAAACCAGCGUCACCUCCAGUACAAGUUUACCAACCACAACCUUCGCAAGCUAAUUUACAAUCACCAACAGAGCCUCCCAAAAGACCGUUAGGUUUUUCAAUAGAAGAUAUUAUGAAACGUUAAAUGUUAGAUAAUAAGGCUUUGUAGAAAGUGAACUUGUCAUUCAUCAUGUUGAACUGGUUUAAAGCUCGAUGUAAGGACGUCAACGAACUUGCGAUUCGUCCAGUUUCACAAGUGUCCAUCGAAUUUACAUCGACGCAAACAGCAAUGAAUUAGAGGCAUUAUUACUGUAUGUUAGUAUAUUAUAGCCAAAGAAUUCCACUACUGUACUAAAUAUCUUUACUCUAAGGUAAAAUAUUUCUUUAAUUUUUUGUUUGUAACUGUCAUUUCUAAACUAAACUCCAUUUAGUUAUAACUUGAUCUUAUUUCAACUAUAAAGACUGAAAUUAUUGUUUAUUGUUGUUAUGUUUCUUAGAGAUUUAUUUAUUGUGAUAGUAUCUCAAAUAGGCCUAAGUUACGGUUAACUAUAGUUACCAAAAAGUAUUACCUAAGUUUUAAGUUCCAUUCCAAAAUUCCUGGCUAUGACAGCGAUCUAUAAUUAGGAGAAUUUUGACGUACCUUUUAAAUUUAAGUUAGUGUUAAGUAAAAAAUGUAAAAUUAAGAUUUCAAGUUUAUAUACCAGUACCGUCUGUACAUUAGGCUUAUGCUAAUAUAAUUUGAAUCUUAAUUUAACUA